GGCGCCACUUUGCCCAUCCUUUUUGGACUUUCUCUCAUUCUCAGCGGCCUGCAGACCUUUUGAGCAGAAGGCGAGAGCUAAACAGGCCAGAGCCCCAAGGAACCCCCCCUUUUUUUUUUGCCGGAACCCGCCCUGAAAAGACCCCCGUGGGCUUCCCGCUAGAAGAUAACGCAGUGACAACCCCAGGCCAUCCUCAUCCGGCCAGGAGGGAAACCCACCAUCCCGGGAAAGGCCCCACAGACCUGCCAGCUCUGCAGAUGGAGUGACAGAGCCCCAUUGGAGGGGUGCUGUGACAAGACAAGGCCAAGUGCCAGAUGAUGGAAGAGCGGUCCAACCUGAUGAAUAUGAUGAAGCUGAGUGUCAAAGUCUUGAUCCAGUCUGCGCUGAGCCUGGGUAGAAGCUUGGAUUCAGAUUAUCCUCCCUUACAACAGUUCUUUGUAGUAAUGGAGCACUGUCUCAAACAUGGGCUGAAAGUUAAAAAGAGUUUUAUUGGCCAAAAUAAGUCCUUCUUUGGGCCCCUGGAGCUGGUGGAAAAACUUUGUCCAGAAGCAUCUGACAUAGCAACAAGUGUUAAAAAUCUGCCAGAAUUAAGGACGGCUGUAGGAAGAGGGAGAGCUUGGCUUUACCUUGCCCUUAUGCAAAAAAAGCUGGCCGAUUACCUGAAAGUGCUAAUCGACAAUAAGCAUCUGCUGAGUGAGUUCUACGAGCCUGAGGCGCUAAUGGUGGAGGAAGAAGGAGCAGUGAUUGUAGGCCUCCUGGUGGGACUCAAUGUUCUCGAUGCCAACUUGUGCCUCAAAGGAGAAGAUUUGGAUUCUCAGGUUGGUGUGAUUGAUUUUUCCCUGUACCUUAAGGAUGGGCAGGACAUUGGUGGCACAGAACAUGAAAAUAUAACCGAUGUUCUGGAUCAAAAGAAUUAUGUUGAAGAACUUAACCGACGGCUGAGCUGCACCGUUGGGGAUCUUCAAGCCAAGAUAGACUGUUUGGAAAAGAGCAACGCCAAACUUCAAGAAGAGCUAUCAGCCGCCACCGAUCGGAUUGAUUCGCUUCAGGAAGAACAGAUUCAGCUGAAACAGCAAAAUGAACUAAUCCGGGAAAGAAGUGAAAAGAGCGUCGAGGUGACGAAGCAGGACACAAAGGUGGAGCUGGAGACAUACAAGCAGACCCGGCAGGGCCUCGACGAAUUGUACAGUGACGUUUGGAAACAACUGAAAGAGGAGAAGCGAGUCAGAGCGGAGCUAGAGAAAGAACUGGAACUGCAGAUCGGAAUGAAGACGGAAAUGGAGAUUGCCAUGAAGCUUCUGGAGAAGGAUACCCACGAAAAGCAAGACAGCCUCGUGGCCCUUCGCCAACAAGUGGAGGAAGUCAAAGCCAUCAAUUUGCAGAUGUUUCAGAAAGCCCAGAAUGCAGAGAGCUCUUUGCAACAGAAGAAUGAAGCCAUAACCUCCUACGAAGGCAAAACAUGUAAGGUGAUGACUGCCAUGAAACAAAUGGAAGAGAGGUGGCGGCACUCUGAGAAGGCCAGGCAGGGAGCUGAAGAGAAAAACAGUAAACUGAAGCAAGAAUUUGGUGGCCAGAUUGAUGCUUUACGGCAGCAGCUCUCCCAGCUGGACAAGCAAUGCUCAAGUCUAGAAAGAGAUUUGAAGUCAGAAAAAGAGCAAAGACAGACUCUCCAGCAAGAAUUAGAGCGGGAGAAAGAUACCACUUCUCUGCUCAAAACCGAACUGCAGCAAGUUGAUGGGUUGAAACAGGAGCUGCGGAAACUCCAAGGCGAGAAGGAGAAGUUACAGAACAUCUGUGAAGAACAGGAGCAAGCACUCCAGGAAAUGGGCCUGCACCUAAGCCAAUCAAAGCUGAAGAUGGAGGAUAUUAAAGAAGUCAACAAGGCACUAAAGGGCCACACCUGGCUGAAAGAUGAUGAAGCCACCCAGUGCAAGCAGUGCGAGAAGGAGUUUUCCAUUUCCCGGAGGAAGCAUCACUGCCGGAACUGCGGCCACAUUUUCUGCAACACGUGUUCCAGCAAUGAACUGGCACUGCCCUCCUACCCGAAACCGGUGCGCGUUUGCGACGCCUGCCACACUCUGCUCCUUCAGAGGUGCUCGUCCAAUUCCUCUUAACGGUCCAGCCCACCCGUCCAAGUGGUCUCAUUGCGUGCUUUGGGAUCUUGAGUGUUUUUCUGUGUGAGUCAAAAAAACUCUGCUGGCCUAUAACUUUUUUCCUUCCAGGGAGAGCCAGUAGGUCUUUUUGGCAUAGACAGAUGCCCCACUCCUACCCCCCGACCCAUGUGUUUGUGCUCUAAUCUCGGAAAAUGUUUCAUAGCCCUUAAUUGGUUUAAUAUGCUGAAACUGAGGGGCAAACUCAAUUUUUCUAUGGUAGAGCUUGUCUCUAUAUUGUAACUUUGUACUUCUCAAACCUCAAAACGUUUGGACUUUCUGCGCACUCGGAACCUCCAUGUUUUGCCACUGGCGCGUUUCACUUUCUGCAGGCAGCGUCAGUCACACUUUUCACCCUCAUCACUUGUCCAUCACGGAGCUUGAGAACUGCAGAUGUAUAAAUGACUGUGCCUUCACUUUAUGUCGAGCCAAAAAUAGAUCCUAUUUGUUUAUAACAGCUAUAUGAAUACAAAUGAUUGAUGAUGUAAUAAAAAGCUGGGGUUUUUUUA